GGGACAAGUCAAAGACCCGGGAAGUUGGCCCUGCAGAGGGUCCCGAGGGAGAAGGCAGCGCGCAGCGAGUGGAGGGAAGGCGCCCGGGAACCGGAGCGGGCGCGGGAGCUGUGGGCCCGGAAACACUCUUUUUAGAGCAUCGCCCGGUCCAUCAGAAAUGUCUUCCUUAAGUGGAAAAGUCCAAACGGUCCUGGGCCUUGUGGAGCCCGGCACACUGGGUCGCACCCUGACCCACGAACAUUUGACAAUGACCUUCGAUUGCUGUUACUACCCACCUUCUCCAAGUCACGAAGUUAUCUCCAAGGAGCCUAUUAUAAUGAAAAAUUUAUUUUGGAUCCAGAAAAACCCUUAUUCCCAUAAAGAGAAUCUGCAGCUGAAUCAGGAGACGGAAGCCGUCAAGGAAGAACUGUUGGAUUUUAAAGCCAAAGGUGGAGGAGCUUUGGUGGAAAACACAACCACUGGUCUCAGCCGGGACGUGCGGACCUUGAAGCGGCUUUCGGAAGAGACGGGUGUCCACAUCAUCGCUGGCGCUGGCUUUUACGUGGAUGCAACUCACUCCUCAGAGACCAGAGCCAUGUCAGUGGAGCAGCUUACUGAUGUCCUUGUUAAUGAAAUUCUCUGUGGAGCCGAUGGAACCAGUAUCAAGUGUGGCGUUAUUGGGGAAAUUGGUUGCUCCUGGCCUCUGACUGACAGUGAAAGAAAGGUUCUGCAGGCAACAGCUCACGCCCAGACUCAGCUCGGCUGUCCUGUUAUUAUUCAUCCCGGAAGGAAUCAAAGUGCACCAUUUCAGAUUAUCCGAGUGUUGCAAGAAGCUGGAGCAGACAUAUCCAAAACAGUUAUGUCACACAUCGAUAGGACUAUCCUUGAUAAGAAGGAACUACUGGAGUUUGCUCAGCUUGGCUGUUACUUGGAAUACGAUCUCUUUGGUACUGAACUUUUUCAUUAUCAGUUCAACCCAGAUAUUGACAUGCCCAAUGAUAAUAAAAGAAUUAAAAGGGUGAGACUUCUGGUGGAUGAGGGCUACGAGGAUCGAAUUCUGAUGGCACACGACAUACAUACAAAGAAUCGGCUGACGAAAUAUGGAGGUCACGGCUAUUCCCAUAUCCUCACCAACAUUGUUCCUAAAAUGUUGCUGAGGGGGAUAACAGAGGGUGCACUUGAUAAGAUUCUGAUCGAGAACCCCAAGCAAUGGCUAACUUUCAAAUAGGAUGGUUGUUACGAAUUCGCACCUUGAGUGUAAAGCUUGCCAGGGAACAGAGAGUGAUUUCAAACCCACUGUGAGAUAUUAAUCAGAGCCACAGAGGACUAAUGACAGAAUAUUUCCUUUUUAUGCGAAGUAGAAGACUUUUGCCUUCCCAGAAACUGGCUAUUACAUCUGUACCUUUAGGGAGUUGCAGAGCCUAAUUAAGCCCUAUUGUUUUUCCUUCACAAAAUAAAUACAAAAGUAGCCAUUUCCAAAUGAUGAUUUACAGUUUAGCUCCCCUGAGUGGAGUUUUGCUUCCUUUUGUUUUGUUUUCUUUAAUCCAUCAGCAGCACUCCUUGAGAAAAUUUAAACUGUUUUUAGUUAAAUUACCCCCUUCUGGAGCAAUCUAAUGUUUCUUGUAAUAUUGAUGAUUCUACUAAUUAUCCUGCUGUUCUUUAAUUAAUGCUUAAUGAAUAAUAUCCCACUUUAAAAUAGCUUCUGCAGCAAAGGAAGCUAAAUUUUGAGACAUUUAUUUUAAGGAUACUGUAAUACAAUAACCAAUUCACAACAGUAAAAAUAUUGUGGAAGGUUAAUUAUAUCUGUUCACCUAUCUUCAUAUACUUAAAAUAAAUCACUUUUGUUGCCUGUGCCUUUCUGGUA